AUGGCGGACAGCAAAAAAGACUCCGAAUUACUGAUGUCCCGUUUCGUAGCGACCACUUUGCGCUGUGUGCUGCGUCACUUCGAGACUGCUUGGCUUUUCACAAGAUCUGACUUCAAGACAAUAAUUUUCCCUGUGAUGAUAUUUGCAACUGUUGUAUCUCCUCGCCACAACCCGCUAGUCCUAUCCUGCGCUUUCUGCUGGCUCUGGUUCCAUACCUUUCAAUUUAAUGCAUCUAACCAAUCCUACACUGCCAAUGAAGAUGCGUUGAACAAACCAUGGCGUCCUGUGCCGUCCGGGCGCAUUAGCUUGAAGGAUUCUCGUGCAUUGCGCUGGGGACUUGUGGUUUUCUGCUUGGGAUUUUCAUCCCUUUUCAGCUUAAACGUCGUUAUAACCAGCGGGGUUUAUACCGUGUUCGUGGUCAUGCAUGACGAUUUUCAUCUCAGUCACCAUCCUAUUUUCAAGAAUUUGUGCAACGUAGGAGGUUAUGUGACAUGUGAACUCGGUUGCUCGUUGAUUCUUUCAAGGGAAUCUUCACUUGACGGAACGAGCAUGAAAGCACUUUCCUGCAGCGCGCUUGUCAUACUUCUGACAGUCCAUGCGCAGGACUUUGCUGACGUCAAUGGUGAUCGCAGGUCAGGACGACGAACUCUGCCAAUUGCAGCGCCCGAAGGAUCUCGUAUCUAUAUGCUUUGUGCACUUCCGCUAUCUUCUUUUGCGCUCGCCUCAUUUUGGAGUCUGGGGCCUAUCUCCAAUAUUCUUUUCGUUUCUAUGGGUUCUUGGGUCGGAAUUCGCUACUUUCUCUUCCACGACGAGAUUUGUGACCAGUCAAAUUAUCGCCUGUAUAGCAUAUGGCUUAUGGGCGUUCAUUUUUUGCCAGCUAACGUACAUUUUCGUGCAUUGGCGUGGUAGUGCCUCGUUGCGUCAUGACCAUGUGGGGGAAGCAUUCUAGAUGGCUUCCCUCACAAAAUUGUCAUUCGACUCGGAGGGAACGUCGGUGAUAGGUCCCAUCUGUCGUCCUCGCCAUUGUAACCAACCACCUCAACCUCUUCUAGAAUAGCCUGUGGUAUUAUUCCCUGUUCAACCCGAUCCAACUCGUCAAAAUCAAAAUCAUUUUCCCCGAGCACUUCAACUUCGUUAAUGUUCUGAACUUU